AUGGAGGUCUACUUGGCCGGGCUUCCGGCUGAUCUCAGCGAGUACCAACUGAAGAAGUCCCUGGGAGAAAUGAUUGGUGCUCUCAAAAUCCAGGAUUGGACAUGCCAGAAAGCGCCGAGAAAGAAGUUUGGCACCCUCUCAUUUCUGCGCUCGUUUGAUGGCGAAGUCUUUCUACGGCAACAUGGCGAACUUCCUACUUCGCUGUUGGAUCGCCAAGGCCGACCGAGGAUGAAAGCCCGGCUUGUCAUCAUGGGCAAUUAUGUUUAUUGUCGAAGGUCCUUUCGCGAUGUGGAUCAGUUCAUGAUUCGCAGUCUGCAGAAGGAUGCCAAUGAACGCCGCGAUAUUGAAGCUAUGCCAGAGGCCCAAAAGCAUCCAGAUGAGAUCUUUGCUGUGUCUGCCCUGAUAUGCGGCUACUUCGAUUACAACUCCCGCCAAGAACUGGUCUUUGCGCCAGAGGUGAUAUGGAGAUGUCCUUCUGGCAUUGGAAAAUUCUCCAAGGACGAGCUUCUAAUUUCCUAUCAGCUGACCACGAAUUGCAAUUCCAAAAUCAGGAUUGAGAUACCAUACCGAAUCAUCGAGUCCAUACUGCCUUCCACUACCCCUACGACCCUGACCCUGACACUUCUCGAGCCUCCUCGAUUCUUUGAGGUCACCAAGCCGGAUCUAGCAGACACUUUCGCUGCUAUGCAGAUGAAUCAAGGAAUCAAUACUUUGAAACCAACGAGACGUCGGCUUACUGAGUUGCCAGAUGGUUUGGAGGACCACAAUUUAUCAAAGCAUGGUAUGUUGCUUGGUCAGUGCCUAAUUUACCAGCUGCUCGUUUCUCCUCACGAGUUUCGACAAAAGCUACAAAGCCUUCGUCGGAGCGAGAUUCUUCCAAUCUAUCCGUCAAUGUACAAUUUUCCUCAAGAUUUGGCCAAGAAUCCAAGUUUCAACGAGGGAAUGAGACUACUUCAUCGGACCAUUCAGCGAUACGUCACCGCAGUAAAGUUCGAGAUCCUUUUCCAGAUACAGGCUCUUGUUGAAAAUGGAUACAUUCUCCCCUGGACAGGUUCAAAACUAUUGGAGAAGAUCUACAAGCAUUCGUCAGAUGCGCGUACUGAAAAGGACCGGCGCUAUGCAAUCUCUGGGCUUGCUAUCAAGAAUCUGUUCACCCAAAUACCAUUUCCUGCACCAGACACCGAUCCACUGUGGUUUAAUGCCGACGAGCUUUUCAAGCAACUCGAGAACAACGAAUCAGAGAUGCGUCUAGGACUCACCAAGGAGUUAAUCUCGGAAAAAGCCAGGAACAAUCUUACCAUGGUGUACAAGGCUCGCGUGACACCAACCCACAUCAGCUUGCAUGGCCCAGAGCCAGAGGCCAAGAACCGCAUUCUAAGAAAGUUUGAGGAAAAUGUUGACCAUUUCGUCCGCUUCCAAUUCUCUGACGAGGAUGGCCAAGACAUACACUUUAACAGCAAAUUCUCGAACGAAGCCAUAUACGAACGAUUCUUGCAGGUUCUAAACAAGGGCACCCAAAUUGGAGGUAGAAAGUAUGAUUUUCUGGGAUUUUCUCAUUCUUCGCUACGAAGUCAGUCGGCCUGGUUCAUGGCCCCGUUCUUUCAGUACGGCAAGCUCCAGACUUACUUCAACGUCAUCAACGACCUAGGCCAAUUCUCAGAUAUCUACUCGCCGGCCCGAUGUGCCGCAAGGAUCGGACAAGCAUUUUCAGAGACCCCUUUUGCCAUUUCCUUGAAAGAACACGGCAUUUUAGACUAUGUCAUCCCCGAUAUCCGGUCGGACAAUGGUCAGGGAAAGCGUGUCUUUACAGACGGAGUUGGCUGGGCCUCUGCAAAAGUGGUUGAUGCGAUACUGGCAGCUCUGCCGCAGCGGAAAGAAGCAACCUGUUUCCAGAUACGCUGGGGCGGUGCCAAAGGCAUGCUGGCUCUUGACACGAGACAAGCUGGAAGCGCAUUCGCUGUUCGUCCAUCCAUGGUGAAAUUUGAGAGCAAGGAUAUUGGAAAUCUGGAGAUUUGCGACAUGGCCAACAAGCCAAUCCCGUUGGUGCUCAACCGCCAAAUGAUCAAGAUCCUUGAGGACAUGGCCGUUCCCAACGACUGGUUCUUCAUGCAGCAGGACAAGGAGUUGGAGCGACUUCGGAAGAUCACUGCAACCGCCUUCAAUGUUGCUGCCUUCCUGAGGAAAAAGAAGAUUGCAGACCAGCUCGGCCUGCCUCGUCUGAUCCGGCGAUUGGACCUACUCGGUAUCGACUACAAGAAGGACCGAUUUCUCUGCUCUGUAGUCGAAGCCGUAAUCUUGCGAGAACUACGGCUGCUCAAGCACAAAGCCCGGAUUCCCGUUGAACAGGGAGCGACACUAUUUGGUAUCGUUGAUGAAACGGGAUUCCUCAAAGAAGGGGAGAUCUACGUCUCGUUUGACAAGACUGAUCUCAUCAAGACCGACUAUCUUACUCUGGACAGUUGCGAGAUGAUCGUUACAAGAUCGCCUGCUCUGCAUCCGGGAGAUAUUCAACUAGCCACCAACAAGGUGCCACCGCCCGGUCAUUCCCUAGAGCACCUGAGAAAUUGCAUUGUGUUUUCACACAAAGGCAAGCGUGAUCUCCCAUCUCAGCUCAGCGGAGGUGACCUGGAUGGGGAUAUCUACAACGUCAUCUGGGAUCAAUUUGCUGUGAGCAACUGCAAACGGGUUUUUGCGCCCGCAGAUUAUCCCCUCACCCAACCCCGCGAACUCACUAGACAAGUGAAACGUGAGGAUAUGACUGAGUUCUUUGUCGAGUUCAUGAAGACGAACAACCUCGGAGUCAUUGCUACCAGGCACAUGAUUCUUGCUGAUCAGCGUCCGGCAGGCACGGUAGAUGAAGAUUGUGUCAAGCUUGCUCAGCUGCAUUCCACGAGUGUAGACUAUUCCAAGACUGGUGUACCCGUUUCCAUGGAUACCCUCCGAGCGAUAAAAUUCAAUCGCUUUCGACCCGACUUCAUGGCCCCGGCACCACCUACGCACCUCCAGAACAGGACCGAGAUUGUCUUUGAUGCGCCGACCAGACCAGCGGCCGAUGAAUACAAUGACGAAGAAGAGGAUACCGGCCCUGGCUUCCGGUACUACUUGUCCGACAAGAUCCUGGGACGAUUAUACCGGGCCAUCAACGAGCAGAAAAUUUGGAAGGAGAGUGUACGCAUCGACCGUAAGCAGGGCGAUGGAGUCGAAGUCUGGAACAGAUUUCAGUCGUAUGUGAUGGAACAGUGCGAGGACAAACUUGGGGGCGUUACCUGGGCUUCCUUCAUGGGCGAAGCAUGGGAUAUCCGACACGCCUACGAAGAUGCAAUUGCUGGAGCUUGUGUGGAUUUCAGCGACCAUGCUACAGUGAGCAUUACCGAAUUGGAAGUGUUCACCGGUAAUAUCUUCAACAAGUCCGGUGUGCAAACCCGACGACAGCGAGACCGAUCACUGCAGAUCAAGGACGAAUUCGACCGCAUCGCCGCGUGGAUCGAAAGCUUGAUCCGCAAACAACCGAUUGCCGACUUGGCCGCACAAGAGCAGCAGCAGGAGGAGAAUGACGGUAACCAGGACGAAGUUGAUGGUGCUAGUGACAUCAAUAGCAGCGGCGAGAGCACCUGGACGACUACUGACCCCGAGUCUACUGCACUCGAGCUCAGCAUUGCCUGUCUGCACGUCGGCUGCGUCAAGGAAAAGGGUCGACGCAACCCCGGCAUGCCUCGGGGCCGAGCGUCCAAGGAGGACGGAAAGUCGAGUUUCAAGAUUGUGGCUGCGUGCUGUGUCCUCAAGGAGUUGAAUAUCGCUACUCGACGGGCCGAUACUCGAUCGGCUGCUCUCGCCCAGGGAGGCGGGUUUGUCGGCGUCUCUGGAAGACCUUAA